AGUUGGGGCGUGACGCUUGUGACGUCAUGAAACGUCACGACGUCACGUUCGGAGUUUCUCGACGUUUCUCGAAGGUUCUUCCCCGCAUAUACGUACGCUAGUUGAGGGGGUCACCGAUCAGAAAACGCCGAUUUUCGACUGAGUGCACUGUGGAUACUGCGACGUACAAAGACCCAGCAUUUCCAGCAGAGGUUAACGGACAACGUAGCCCACCGAGAUCACAGACAUGGGAAAGGAUUACUACAAAAUCCUGGGUGUUGCAAGGACUGCCAAUGAGGAGGACAUCAAGAAGGCCUACCGGAAGCUUGCACUCCGCUACCACCCCGACAAGAACAAGAGCCCAGAGGCGGAGGAAAAGUUCAAGGAAGUAGCCGAGGCCUAUGAAGUCCUAAGCGACAAGAAGAAGCGAGACGUCUACGACAAGUUUGGUGAAGAGGGGCUCAAGGGCAACGCUGGAGGAGGCGCCAACCCUGGGGGUCCAGGAGGCCAGUCCUACACAUACACCUUCCAUGGUGACCCGAGGGCCACCUUUGCGCAGUUCUUCGGCACAGACAACCCCUUCGAGAACUUCUUCCAGGGGUUCGGAGGCGGCCCCGGCGGCGGCAUCAACAUGUUCUUCGGCGGCGAGGACGACAUGGAACUUGACGGCGAUCCCUUUGGCGCGCAGAUGGGUGGUGGAAGGCCCGGCGUGAAUCCCUUCCGGUCCCAGAGUUUCACCGCUGGGAGCCGAGGGCCCAGCGUCGGAAAGCCGCACGGGCGUCAGGACCCCGCGAUAGAGCACGACCUGCAUGUGACGCUCGAGGAGGUUCUCCGGGGCUGUGUCAAGAAGAUGAAGAUCAGCCGCAAGGUGCUGGGGCCGGAUGGCCGGACACCACGGCGGGAGGAGAAGGUGCUGACGAUCAACGUGAAGCCCGGUUGGAAGGCGGGCACGAAGAUCACUUUCCAGCGGGAAGGGGACCAACUGCCGGGCAGCAUCCCGGCAGACAUCGUCUUCAUCAUCAGGGACAAGCCGCAUCCACUGUUCAAGAGGGAAGGCGCGGAUCUGCGCUACGUGGCCAAAAUCUCGCUCAGAGACGCUUUGUGCGGAGUGAAGGUUGACAUUCCCACGUUGGCAGCCAAGAAGGUGUCUCUGUCAUUUACGGAGGUGCUGACGCCCACAACAGUGAAGCGACUGCAGGGUUACGGCCUGCCCCAGCCUAAGGAUCCUUCCAAGAAGGGAGAUCUCAUCAUCAGCUUUGACAUCCAGUUCCCUGACAACCUUACAGAAAGUGCCAAGGAAAUUCUUAGGGACACGCUGGCACAUUGAACCGAACCCUGAAGAGGUCCAAACGUGACUGCAUUUUCAAGUUGGGUACAGUCUCGGACAGGCCGAGAAACGAACAAGGGUCGGCGUUUGCAGCAAGUUUGUGCAAGGUGUCGCCACACAAGAGCUCUUGGCACUAUCUCCCUAAAGACUGUUGCUCAAGAGUGGCUUCUGCUUCUGUUAGAUGUUGUCUAGGACUGCCUUUGUUGUGAGAUCACCUGCACCUGCCGACAGUUUGGUCUGGUCCAAGGCCGUUUAGUACCAGAAGGUACUGCACUGUCUUGGGUGAGGAACAAAGUGUGCCCAUCUCUGUAUAUAAUGUACAUAUUAAACUGUGCUUUUAGCAAGUUGAGGCGAGAUCUGAGCAGAUGGAAGGAGGCUACAUGAGGAUCAAUGUGCCUGAGUGUCCUCUGCAAAGGGAUCACACCUGUUGUAAAUAAAUACAUUUUUGCUAAGCGAGCUUCGUAAAA